UUUCAUUGUAUUUUCCAUUGGUAUUUCAAAACGCAGUCUCAUUCGAAGAAUUUUAAACAAAUGCGAAAUGUCUUUGAUUAGUACACUCUGGAAAUGUACAUUUAGCCCUCGGCUUUUUAAAGUUUAUGAAAUAACGUGGACCGGUCAAUUAGUUGACAAGUCGUAUGAACCUAAAGUCUUGGAACGAUGGGGCGAUCAAAUUGUAAUUUGCUUUGCAGCAAUUUGGUCAAUAAGCCUAUAUACAAUACCACUAGUUGCCACUUUUUUUUAUCAGCGCAGUAAUCCUUUAUUAGACAAUGUUUAUCUGCUGUGUAAAGUUGUGGCUGGUGCAGGUAUAAUUUUAAUCGCAUCGUUGGCAGCACGUGGUUGUUCCAGAGCUAAUAAUCCAGUAUACUUAAAAUUUUUAAAAACAUUACACGAUGCAACUGCGCAUUACAAUGCAGAAACAAAGCAGGAACUUCAGAAGUACGAAUUUGAAUUCUGGGCAUGGCCUGUAGAUUUUAAAGCUGCAAUUGCAGAGGGGGAUAAGGCACAUGAGAAACUAACUUUAGAAAAAAUUGCAACUUCUAGCGGUCGCAUAAAAAGGCAAACAAAUAAAGACUUUCUAAUCACAUUGCCUUGUAAAUUAUUGGCAUAUAUUGUAGCUCACACGUUUGCUAUGAAGAUGAUAUAUCCUGGAAGUGCAUCGAUUAUUAACUGGGCAUUUCGUUCUACACUUUUGAAAGGACGAAUCAGUUUGAUAAAACAAGGCGGAGAAAGAUACAAACUAUUGACCACAGAUGGCAAUGAAAUUGACACUAUGUUCAUUGACCGACGAAACAAAACAACAAAUGGAAACAUAUUAGUAAUUACAUGCGAAGGGAACUGUGGUUUUUACGAGAGCGGUAUUAUAUCGACUCCGUUAAAAAAAAGAUAUUCCGUAUUAGGAUGGAAUCAUCCAGGUUACGGUAGCAGUACUGGUGCCCCGUAUCCUCUCCAAGAAGAAAAUGCUAUCGAUUGUGUAAUGCGUUUUGCAAUCGAACACUUAAGGUUUACCGAGGAACAAAUAAUCCUUUACGGCUGGAGUAUUGGUGGAUACACUGCUACUUGGGCGGCGAUGAACUACCCUUCCGUUCGAAGUCUAGUAUUGGAUGCAACAUUCGAUGAUGUACUUCCGUUAGCCAUUAUGACCAUGUCCUCGUCGUUAGAGGGUUUAGUGCGGAAUAUUAUCAGGGACUAUUUUAAUCUACAUAUAGCAGAGCAGUUGAACAGAUACAAUGGACCUGUGUUACUUAUACGAAGAACAGAAGACGAAGUGGUAUGCAUACCUAGUAAUACAUUAGCAGGAAAUCGUGGUAACAUGUUGCUUACGAAAGUCUUGAUAAGACGUUAUCCCCACCUUUUCUUGGAGAAUUCGGAAUGCGGGGCUCUUUUAACGAGAUUUUUGUCUGCUGAUGUUUCUACUAGAAAAUCGAUAAUCGAAACGGUACAGGUUGAUGAAAAGCAGUGUCCAGAAUUAAUCGCGAAAGACAUAGAAAAAACUGGUGGGAUUGUAAAUUAUCCUUCUACGCUCGGGCAGGGCUUCGAUUCGAAAACAAAACAACAGCUGAUCCUAUUUCUUGCAACAGUAUACAUGAAAGAUCAGCCAUCGACACACUGUAUGCCAUUGGCCGUGGAUUUAUUUAAUCCAGGAUGGGAUCCAGCAUCUACGGUAACCGUAAAAUAAUAAAAGUUCGGUGAUAUUAUAAUUAACUAAUUAUCAGGAACUUUGUUCGAAGUUCAUAUUUUGACAUUAGGUGAUACUUUCGGGAGUCAUAAUAAUAGAGGAAUCAAGGUUUUAAAUUAAGUAAUAAAUGGAUUUAUUUACACUGUUUUUUAAAACACAUAAUAAAUA